GACACCCCAUCGCCCAAUACUUUCAUCCUCGACUGGACCUCUCAUUCGCAAGUUCGAAGGUGCAAGCCCACACAACGCUAGUGGAUGGGCGCCAUGAGUGGCAGCGAACCUGAGCGUGAUGUGCCCCCAGAUGGCUCUAGGGUGGCUCUCCCGUCGUUGUGGAAUGGCAUGACGACUGGUCUGCGUUUUGCAAGUAUAUGGACCAAGAGGUUACUCACCAACUAUUUCGACAGCGCAUGUCUACAUCGGUGGAGAGAAGGCAUCGAGAGAUUCAAACGCGAGCCAUAUCAACGGUUGAUAGCUCCAAGUCACCACAGCUCUACAAGGAUGAGCGUAGACUCUAGUCCGCUGGCGGAGAUGGCGGACAUGUCGGAGACUACAGCACGGCUACGCAAGUUGUCCCUGCUCGAAGCUGUUGCUCAGCGAUCAAAUUCAGGUACUGCUCAAACUGUGUUCAAAUGUGUGAUCCCUGAUAGCGGCUAUUUCCUGAGUCGUUCAAGCCAUUCUGGAUCAAACUCGUCUGUACGCACGGCUGGGUUAGGAAAAGUCAUGGCACUGGACAACGAAAGUGUCAUUUCGACAAUCAAUGAGGUGCCUGGUCAAUGUAAAGGCGGCGAUACCAUGGAAUGAUGCUGCCGAGUUCAAGAAGUUUAUAGUGCGCGUGACGGUAUUCCAUGUCGCGCACAACCACAGAGUUUCCAAGGCUGCUCGUUAGAAGUUUUCGUUGAAACUGAAUAAACCUGCCGCCGAAGAAGACGCACCAGAUAAGAGCGUUGCGUUCAAAUUCUUUCCAAUUCACGAGUCGGCAAUGGCCGCUAGGUACCAUCAAGCUCUCAACGGGUCGAUGAAGUACAAACAUGCUCUCGAACGGGGGAGAAGUAUCGCAGAUAUCAUGAGCAGAAAUUGAUCGAACCUAUUUGGAUUGAUGGUGAGCACGUUGACGCAGUUUGAGGAGAUAGUUAAGGAGGGAAUGGCCUCUUUCUUUGGACGCGAAUAGCCUUGGAACGACCAGCUAUCGUAGAUUUCCUCGCUGUGUUUAACGCCCAACAAUGACGAUAACGUUUGUGUAACUGCCAAACCC